CAACAAUACCCAAUAACCUAUUCCAUUACACUUAACCAGGUCCUUCUUUAGUCUAGCAUCCGGGUAGCGAGGUAGGACUGUGCUGCUCGUUUGGCAAUAUUACAACCCCGGCUUUCUGCCUUACUGCCUGAAGGUCGUCAGGCCGCUAUCGGUUAUCGAAAUCAAAUUAAAAAAAUAUCGCCCCACCAACUCGCACCUCCCCCACUUUCCAAGGCUCUGAUACCAACCCACCAAAGGCGCCGCUGCUUUCGCCUUCCACAUCUCAUCCUCGGCCUGGGACAAGGACAACGAAGGGAUUGUGCGAUUCGCAGCUUUGGCCAUUCAUCCUGACGCCUUUUUGUCGCCGGAUCUUUUUACUCUUAGCUAGCACCCAUAAUCCGCCACCAUGCCGUCCGCAUCCAAGGAAAAGCGCCUUGCGAAACGCGCCGCUGAGGGGAAAGAGAAGAAGACUGUCGCCUCACGGUCCAAGGCCAACUCCAAGAACGCUAGCGCUGCCGCGUCCGAUGGCGACGAGACUCCCCCGAUCCAGCUCGAUGCCAAUGGAAACCCGAUCGAGGCCGACGAGCCCGCCACCAAGGCUGAAAAGAUGGACGAGGUCAAGCGUUUAGCCGAGCAGAUGGACAAGCACGGCCUCUCGGAUCGCGUCACCACCGGUGUCCUCGCAUCGACCCCAACCAGCAAGGACGUCAAGGUUACCAGCGUAAAUCUGACAUUCCACGGCCGGGUGCUCAUCACGGAUUCCAUUCUCGAACUCACUUUGGGCCGGCGGUACGGCUUGUUGGGCGAGAACGGCUGUGGCAAGAGUACGUUGCUGAAGGCUAUCGCCGCUCGCGAGUACCCGAUCCCCGAGCACGUCGACAUCUAUCUCCUGAACGAGGGUGCCCCUCCCACCGACCUGGGCGCUUUGGAAUGGGUCGUCAGGGAAGCCGAGCUGGAAAUGGAGCGCUUAGACAAGUUGGCCGAGAAACUGCUUGAGGAGGAAGGGCCCGAGUCUCCGGUCCUCAUGGAUCUCUACGAUCACAUGGAGAAGAUGGACCCCUCGACGUUUGCUACUCGAGCGUCCCUGAUAUUGACGGGUCUGGGUUUCAAUAAGCACACCAUCCACAAGAAGACGAAGGACAUGUCCGGUGGCUGGAGAAUGCGCGUUGCCCUUGGCAAGGCCCUCUUUGUCAAGCCGACCCUCCUGCUCCUCGACGACCCGACCGCCCAUUUGGACCUUGAGGCCUGCGUGUGGCUUGAGGAAUACCUCAAGAAGUGGGAACGCACCCUUGUCCUGGUGUCUCACUCGCAAGAUUUCCUCAACGGUGUCUGCACAAACAUGAUUGACAUGCGGAUGAAGAAGCUGUUGUACUAUGGUGGUAACUACGACUCGUACGUCAAGACCAGAGCCGAGCAGGAGACGAACCAGAUGAAGGCCUACCAGAAGCAGCAAGACGAAAUUGCCCACAUCAAGAAGUUCAUCGCCAGCGCGGGUACUUACGCCAACCUGGUCCGGCAGGCCAAGUCCCGCCAAAAGAUCCUCGACAAGAUGGAGGCCGACGGCUUCAUUCAGCCAGUUGUUCCUGACAGGGUCUUCACUUUCCGCUUUGCCGACGUCGAGAAGCUGCCGCCCCCGGUCCUAUCUUUCGACGGCGUGACCUUCUCCUACUCGGGAGACCCCAAGGAUGACCUGUACCGCAACAUUGACCUCGGUUUUGACAUGGACUCGCGUACCGCCCUUGUCGGGCCCAACGGUGUGGGCAAGUCUACGCUUCUGCGUUUGAUGACGGGCAAGCUGUCCCCUACGGCCGGUACCGUGACGAGGCACACGCAUUUGAAGUUGGGCCUCUACUCGCAGCACUCGGCCGAGCAGCUAGACCUCACCAAGUCGGCGCUCGACUUUGUCCGGGAAAAGUACGCUCACAAGUCGCAGGACUACCAGUACUGGAGACAGCAGCUUGGCCGCUAUGGCCUGACUGGCGAAGCCCAGACGUCGCUGAUUGGUACCUUGUCCGACGGCCAAAGGAGCCGUAUCGUCUUUGCCCUGCUGGCUAUCGAAGGGCCCAACAUGCUGCUCCUAGACGAGCCUACAAACGGUCUGGACAUUCCCACCAUCGACAGUUUGGCGGACGCCAUCAACGCCUUUAGCGGUGGUGUCAUUGUUGUCAGCCACGAUUUCCGGUUGCUGGACAAGAUUGCCAAGCAGAUUCUGGUCUGCGAGAACCGGACGAUCAGGCAAUGGGACGGUUCGAUUGCCGACUACAAAAACUACCUUCGGAAGAAAAUGAUUUCGGCAGGCGCGGUUUGAAGUGAUUGAAAAGGACGAUUUACAUACACAGAGGCGUAUAACGACGGCAGGGUUGAAUCGAGGCCGCCGAGCUCCGUGUGCGCGGUGCUGCGGACAAGAAGGACCAAUUUACUUCAGGUGGCGCCGCACUUCGUGCAGAUAGCGCCCUAGGGCAUUAGGGAAAAAGGGAGAUUGGAUGGGUAUUGGGAUGGCGUUUGCGCAGCCAUGGUGUGUUUUGGCACGGGAUAGACUGUGACCCUCCGCCUUGUGUUACGCGCUUCCGCCACUCAUUAGACGUAUGUAUCUUGGUUGAUGAUAGAGACUGAGAAUGACGGAACGGGAAAUGGAGCAUGUUGUUUCAGUCAUCCAGUCUUUCAUGUGGUAACGUUUAACGACUAAGCCCUGCUCGAGUUUGGGCAGCGUGGAGUGUGAACUGUUAGAAACCACGCAACCU